UUGGUUCACGGCAAGGGGGUAGUGGUCUACUCUGCUGGCAACAUGCUGCGCUUCCUGGUGUUUGCCUCGUUGGUCCUUCAUGGACACAGCACCCAGGACAUUCUGGAAACCAACGCCCGGGUAGUUGGAGGGAACGAGGCCCAGAAGAAUUCUUGGCCCUCUCAGAUUUCCCUCCAGUACCUGUCUGGAGGUAGCUGGUAUCACACCUGUGGAGGGACCCUCAUCCAACAGAAAUGGGUGGUGACAGCUGCUCACUGCGUGGACAGCCAACUGACCUUCCAUGUGGUGGUUGGAGACCACAACCUGAGCCAGAAUGAUGGCACCGAGCAGUACGUGAGUGUGCAGAAGAUCGUGGUGCAUCCAAGCUGGAACAGCGAUAACAUGGCUACUGGAUAUGACAUCGCCCUGCUGCGUCUGGCCCAGAGCGUCACCCUCAACAGCUACGUCCAGCUGGGUGUUCUGCCACAGGCGGGAACCAUCGUGCCUAACGACACUUCCUGCUACAUCACAGGCUGGGGCAGGACCAAGACUCAUGGGCAGCUGGCCCAGACCCUGCAGGAGGCUUACCUGCCCACCCAGGUGGACUAUUCCACCUGCUCCAGUGCCUCCUUCUGGGGCUCCACUGUGAAGAACACCAUGGUGUGUGCUGGAGGAGACGGAGUUCGCUCUGGAUGCCAGGGUGAUUCUGGGGGCCCCCUCCAUUGCUUGCUGAAUGGCCAGUAUGCUGUCCAUGGAGUGACCAGCUUUGUGUCCAGCCUGGGCUGUAAUGUUGCCAAGAAGCCCACAGUCUUCACCCGAAUCUCUGCUUACAUCUCUUGGAUAAAUAAUGUCAUUGCCAACAACUGAACAUUUUCCUGAGUCUGAUGGCCUUCUCAAGAUGAUUCUUAAAUCCACAGCAGGACUUGAGGCCAUCAAGGAAAAAACGUUCUAAGAGACUAUUGAGCCACAUACAGAAAAGUAAAUUAAACUACAUUAUCAUCCUGUGUCUUUUUAUUUGUAAUUAAGCCCUCUAAAGGAAAUGCAGUUAUAGGACCCAAAUUGGAUUUCACCACAUUUCUGGGCUGGUUCUUCCAUUUGCUGCCACAUCUACCAAUUCACAAACUAAGCCAACUGGGAGUGGUUUUACAUUACCCAUUUUGUAUUAUUUUAGGAUCUACCUAUCCAUUAAUCUGCUCAUCUGCCCCUCCUUCCAUGCAUAUUGGCUAUAUUCAAAAGCACAGAGUGCUUUAAAAUGUUCCUGAGCGACUAAAUGUGCCCCAACUCUCCCAGGUAGACUGUGGGAUCAUCCUUCUUUUGU